AUGAAGAGAAAAAUAUUAAAGUUCAGAGAUUCAAUGAUGGAAUAAUAAACCUAAUAACAACUUUAACAGAACAUAGUCAUUGGAUUCAUUGUUUAAUUUAUAGUAAGAAGUUUAAUUCUUUUAUUUCAAGUUCAGGUGAUAAUACUAUUAGAUCCUGGAAAUAAAUAAAUUUAAAUGAUUCGAUUAUUUUAAAAUGUCAUUAACACUAAACACAUUGUGUAAUGUGUUUAAUCAUAACUUCAAAUAAUGAUUUGCCUUUUUCUGGAAGUACUGAUAAGUUAAUUAUUGUAUGGAAGGUAGAUUUUAACAAAAAAUGAAUUGUUUCAUAUGUAUUCAUAAAAUAUACACAAUACCACAGUUGUUUGA